AUGAUUGGUAUAACACGGUUGCUGAAGAAAACACUCAAUGAAGACAACAACAAUGUCGAGACAUUCAUGGUCGCCAAUCGAUCUGUGGGAACAGGCCUUGUUGCUUCUGCGGUCGUCUCAUCAUGGCUAUGGAGCACAGCUUUGCUUAGCUGCGUCUUGGUAACGUACCUAUAUGGAGUCUCUGGGGGGUUCUGGUAUGGCGCUGGAUGUACACCAAUGAUAGUCUUCUUUGCAUACCUCGGAGUGGUCUGCAAGAAACGCAUCCCAGAAGCACAUACUGUUCUGGAGAUUGUUCGCAUCAGAUACGUAGGGACAACUGCACAUCUGGUGUUCACCUUCUUGGCUGUUGUCAACAACCUUUUCAACACCAUCAACAUGAUCCUGGGAGCUGCCGCCGUCAUCACGUUUCUAACAGGCAUCCACAUUAUGGCUUCAACGUUCCUCUUACCUGUAGGAGUCGUCCUCUAUACACUCGUCGGCGGCAUCAAGGCAACGUUUCUGACAGAUUACAUCCACACCUUUGUCAUCGCCAUCUUGUGCUGCUACUUAACAACGAAAACCCUAACCCACCAUGACGUCGGCUCCAUCGACGGAAUUUACGAUCUCGUUGUCAAGGCGCAGCCUUCCUAUCAGGUUUACGGGAACUAUCAAGGAUCUCUUCUCACUAUGAACUCUCAGCAAGGGAUAUUCUUUGCUAUUAUCCUCCUCGUUUCAAACUUUGGUGCUGUUAUUAUGGAUACUAGCUACUUCAUCAAGGCAUUUGCAGCAUCCCCCAAAGCCGUAGUACCAGGAUAUGUAGUCGGCGGCUUUGCAUACUUUUCCAUCCCAUGGAGUCUAGGCACUAUAAUGGGUCUUGCAGCUUUGGGACUCGAAAGCUCUCCUAUCUUCCCAACGUAUCCUCGUCCGAUGACCAGCUUGGAGGUCACAAACGGCCUUGUGCUCCCGUACGUAGCCGUGGCGGUAGCAGGAAAAGGCGGCGCCGUCGCUGUCCUGCUCAUGACUUUCAUGGCAAUCACUUCAACACUGUCCGCUCAGGUGAUUGCUGUGUCGUCCAUCUUCACAUUCGACUUCUACAGAACCUACAUCAACAAGAACGCAGGCAACAAAGAUGUCAUCAGAUGGAGCCAUCUUGGAGUCGUGCUGUUUGCUGCCAUCUCAGCUGGCUUAACUGCCGCUUUCAACUACGGCGGAAUCAACAUGGGCUGGACUCUUUACAUGAUCGGCGUGGUAACAUGUCCUGGCAUAUUUCCCUUGAUUCUUACUAUCCUUUGGAAUAAACAAAGUGGUUUUGCGGCCGUCGUUUCCGCCGUCGCUGGUCUGGCAACUGGUUUGGGUACAUGGCUUGGUACGGCACAGGCUCUUUUCGGCGAAGUAACGGUCGACUCUACUGGACAAACGCUCCCAUGUAUGUAUGGCACUGUGGCCUCUGCUCUCAGCCCCUUGCUGUAUACGGUAAUUCUGUCGUUCUUCUGGCCGAAUAACUACGACUGGGCUCGGUUUACGGAUGAAAAACUGUUACUUGACAGCGAUGCGUCGACUGAAGAGUCAGAUUCAGCCCGAGAACCCCCCACAGGUCAAGCUACCAAGGGUGGUGUCCUGAGUGAUUCUUCCGAGGUUGUUCAUGACCAAACUGAUUUGAGGUGGCAACGAUAUGCACUGUUCUGGUCGCUCUUCUCCUUCUUUGGUAUCUGGGUUCUGUGGCCUCUGCCGAUGUACGGGGCAAAAUACAUUUUCAGCAAACAGUUCUUCAAAGCCUGGGUUGUGGUGUCGCUCAUCUGGUUGUGGAUAAGCCUUCUGAUCCUCGGCCUGUAUCCCUUAUACGAUGGACGGAAGCAGAUCUUGAAGGUAUUGCAGAGCCUACGGCCUUAG